UUUAUAAGAUGGAAAAUUAUAAAUACGAAUAAUAAUAACCGAUUGACGAGUUUAUUUCUUUAUAAUAAAUUUCAAUUGUCGACACCUUGUAUUUUAAGUACUUAUUAAUAUAACACGUACGCCGUAGUGUAGUUUGUCUUCGCCCAUGUGCUGCAUUCAGUCGUACAUAAUUUAUUACAUAUAUAAUUAAUUAAAUAGAUGUUCCGAUUGUGGAGAUUAAUUAAUUUAUUGUGCUAUUAAGUGAUCCUUAAUGCAGUCUUGUAUCCUAUUAAUAUUUCUUUUAAUUCGUUUGUAAAGAAUUGUAUUAAUAACGUGUAAGUUUGUACGAAGUAAUGCGCGAAUUUCUGUGAAGAAAAAAUUUUAUAUAAAAUGGCAAAUUUUAUAGAGUUAUUAAAUUUUUUUCAACAAGAUGAUAAACAAUAUAAUGCAUUUUUGAAAGAUUUAUUAACAUCUGACAAUGAUAUACCGUUUAAAACAGAAGAGAUAAAUACGAUAAAUAAUGCUAUUAUAUCGACGAUUAAUAUUCAAUUAAAUCAAGCUAAUACUCGAUAUAAUGGUUUGUUUCUUUUAAAUGCAUAUUUGCCAAAAUGUUCAAAAGAUACAUUGUUGAAGUAUGGUAUAUUGUGGAUAGCAAAAGCUACUCAAGUAAUGGAAAAUAUUUACAGUAAUCCUAAACAUCUGACGAUAGCUUGUAAAGUUAUUGGAAAUUUAAUAACACAAUGUAAGACUAUUCCAGAAUUACAAAAGCAAAUAUCAAUGCAAAAUGUUAAACAACUUUUAAGUAUUUUGGAUAAUCAGGAAACUAUGACAAUUUAUGGCGCUACGUAUUAUCUACUUGCUACUUUAUUAUAUCAUUAUCCUGAAGUUUGUGAACGAUUUCAGAUAUUAAUUAGAAAGAUAAUACUCCUUCUAGUAGAUGCUUCUCAAGCUAAUUUAGCUGAAGCUGGAGCAAAAUGUUUUGCUCUUUUAGUUAGAGCAACAGAGCGUACUUUUAAACCACCUCAGACAAAGCCGUUUUAUACAUGUUGGACAUAUAAUCAAGCAUUAAUCUGCAACAGUUUGCAUGAUAUAAUGGAUAAUCUUUUUUCUAAUUUAUUAGAAAUUGAAAGUGUAGAUAUUUGGGAUAAAUUGGAAUUAUCGAGUAUAUCAGAAGAAAAUAUAGUAGAGUAUUAUACUAAACAAAAACAAAGGUUUACGAACUUAUGUAUAUACUUAUCUACUAUGUUACGUGGAUGCGAAGAGAAAAAUUCUGUAUUGCCCGAUGAUAUUCUAAGAAUAUUAUGUCGAGGUUUAGCUAUUAGACCUAUGAACUUGAGAAGACAAAAUUCUUUUAAAGAACAGAUAUUAUAUCUUAUUCUUCCCAAGUUACAUAUUAGUUUAUUCAAUGUUUUAAGUGCUUUUAUAGAGGGCUUUAAAAAAGAAUUAAUACCAUUUGGAUCAACGAUUUUACAAUUAUUUCAUCAAGCAUUAAAAUGGUCGGGGAAUGUGUUAGAAGAUCAAGAAACAAUUGCUAGUAGUAAACCAUAUAAAAAUAUAAGAUUGUCUGUAUACAAAUGUCUCUCAUUAUGGUUAAUAACUAACAACUCGUUAUCAGGCAUUGAAACAAUCAUAGAUGAAUCUCUUUCUUCUAUACUUAGAGACAUAAUUCCAGAAAGAGAUCAUGUAGUUCUGACUGCUCAAAAUGCAACAAAAAAUUUAUCGAAGAAAGCCUUGAAACGUUUUAGAGACGGUCAAUAUGAAAAAAAUUCGGCUUUAAAUAAUACAGUUGCAACUAAGAAAAAUCCAUAUUUGGAUGCAGAUUUAUGUAUAGAAGCUCUUAUGACUUUACAAAAUAUUUUAUUUAGUACUAGUGCUUGCUUGAAAACAACACUUUACACAAACAUACAAAGUGUUGUUAUUCCACUUUUGUAUAAAUAUUAUCUUGGCUCACCUACAGAGACUUUUUAUAAGGAAAGAGUAGAAUGCCGUUUACAACUGUUAAAAAUAUUGAAAGAUUUGCAAUUAAAUCCACAUGAAUCGUCUGCAUCUUCAACGCAACAUGCUAUACAAAUUUUCGAAAUGGCUCUUAACGAUUCUGAUUUAAAUAUCGUUCAAGAAGCUCGAUGUGCAUUAUCAGAAUUAGAAAAAAUUAUACAUCCUCUUGCACCAACUUUAUCUUUACCUAGAACUGAGGAAAUAUCAAAUGAACGUGAUGAAAUGUGUACUACUGUAUCGAACGAACAAGAAAAUAUAUCAAAUGAAGAAUUUGCACCACCAUCGAACAAGCGAUCAAAAGUAAUAAGUAUUGUUACAUUAAAUUCUGACGAGAGAGUACAUUUAGAUUCAGGAGAUAAUGUUACAGCUAAAGUAAUAGAAAAAUCAACAAGUAUAGAUUCUUCUAAAUUAGAAGAUAGCUCUUUACAAAAAAGCAAAAGUAUUGUAAAUGAAGUAUCAUUUAUAGAAGAAAGAAAUAAUGAAAAAGAUGCUGAAGCUGAAUUGCAUAAUAGUUUACGAAUAGAUCAAAUGCCUGAUGAAAUAGAGGAUAAACAAUUAGAGAACAUGGAGAUAAAAUCAACAGAAUUGGAUGUUGAGGAAAUUUCUGAGAUAGAUCAUCCUACCAAUCUUCAACAAGGAGAUAACAAUUUGGAAACUUUGAAAGAGAAGGAGGAUGUAUUAAUGGAUGACGAAAAACAGAUGUUACUUACUUUUCAUGAUGAACUAAAAGAUAAUUAAAUACGAUUUUACAGAAAUAUUUUUUAAUUUCUAUAAAUAAAUAUUGUUGUUUAUAUAA